UUAAUUUUCAGAGAGGGGCUAUUCAGCUAAUCUGAUAAAAUUGUUUGGGCUAAGAGAACUCAAACCAGAGUAUAUAGACUUUUUGAUAAACAGACAUCUCAAGGAGAUGGAUUUCAGAAGAUUCAAACAUCAUUCUUGGGAGCAACUCACAGAGAAAGUUAAAAAAAUUGCUAAGGGUCUUGAGAAGGUAUAUUUGGAAAGGAAAAUGGUCUGUGAAAGUCCCCAAAAAACUAAAGAAUUAUACAAACUGUUACAAAAUGUGAAAUAUCUAAAUAUACCAUUUGGAUGUGAAGAUGAAACUAUACAAAUUAUUUCCAAAUGUUGUUUAAAUCUUAAAGAAUUGCAUGUUGGGUAUGUGGGCAUUGCUAGCGAUGAGAGAGAGAGAUGGCUCUUUGAAGCUAGAUUUAGGUCUCCAGGUCCUCGUUUGCGUUGGUUGAUGCGUAUCAGUCGUUCAGAGAUUAAAACAGACACUGUUGCAUGCAUUCUUAAAAACAUAUCGUCUCUGGAAAUUUUUAAUUACUUCUAUUUGUCACGGGUGUUCCUAGCUAUGCAUUAUUAUGAUAUUGUUGAUAAUAAAUUGGCCACGGUUAAAAAGUAUUCUUUAACAGAACUUGAUUUCAGGAGUUCAACUCCAUAUGAAAUUGAUUUACUUCUAGCUAUAUGCACUGUUCUCUGCCCAAACGUGAGAAGGUUGUCUGUUGGAGUAGCUUGGCAAGAACAUCUACAUUUAUGUCUUCAGUUUUCUAAAUUACAGUGUUUAACUAUGCAUACAUUCUCUAAUCGGGAUCGAAUAAUUCUAGAUGACUUUUUAAAACUAAAAGGAAAUGAUUUAAUUUCAUUGGAUAUCAGAGGACACUUUUCAGUUUCUAUUCCAGUUUUAAUAAAGAAUUGUCAAAAAUUAAAAAAACUGCGUAUGAAAAUUGUUGACGAUCGAUGCGUGUUUACAGAGUGCAUGCCAACUUUAAAGGAUAUGAAAGGUGUUACUGUACAAAGUACAAAAAAAGUGUGCCUCCCAACUUUAAAGCAUUUGAACGAGUUGAUUAUUUACACUUCUGAGACUGCUACACCAUUAACUACAGAAGCUGUUUGUUUGAUUUUGAAUUCCAGCCCAAACAUAGAAUAUAUGUGCAUAUUAUAUGGUGAAAUCUCUGAUUCUAAGCUAAAGAAAACACUUUUGGAUUAUUGCGAAUUAAAUACUUUAAAAUAUUUGUAUUUAGGUUUUUCAGGUAUAGAUGUAAGCUUCUUACAGGGUCUUGAGAAGGUAUAUUUGGAAAGGAAAAUGGUCCGUGAAAGUCCCCAAAAAACUAAAGAAAUUAUACAACUGUUACAAAAUGUGAAAUAUCUAAAUAUACCAUUUGGAUGUGAAGAUGAAACUGUACAAAUUAUUUCCAAAUGUUGUUUAAAUCUUAAAGAAUUGCAUGUUGGGUAUGUGGGCAUUGCUAGCGAUGAGAGAGAGAGAUGCCUCUGUGGUGCUAGAUUUGGGUCUCCAGGUCCUCGUUGUCUUUGGGUGUUGCGUAUAAGUCGUUCAGAGAUUAAAACAGACACUGUUGCAUGCAUUCUAAAAAACAUAUCGUCUCUGGAAAUUUUUAAUUACUUGUAUUUGUCACGGGUGUUGCUAGCUAUGCAUUAUUAUGAUAUUGUUGAUAAUAAAUUGGCCACGGUUAAAAAGUAUUCUUUAACAGAACUUGAUUUCAGGAGUUCAACUCCAUAUGAAAUUGAUUUACUUCUAGCUAUAUGCACUGUUCUCUGCCCAAACGUUAAAAGGUUGUCUGUUGGAGUAGCUUGGCAAGAACAUGUACAUUUAUGUCUUCAGUUUUCUAAACUAGAGAGUUUAACUAUGCAUACAUUCUCUAAUCGGGAUCGAAUAAUUCUAGAUGACUUUUUAAAACUAAAAGGAAAUGAUUUAAUUUCAUUGGAUAUCAGAGGACACUUUUCAGUUUCUAUUCCAGUUUUAAUAGAGAAUUGUCAAAAAUUAGAAAAACUGCAUAUGAAAAUUGUUGACCAUCGAUGCGUGUUCGAAGAGUGCAUGCCAACUUUAAAGGAUAUGAAAUGUGUUACUGUACAAGGUACAAAAAUCUUGCCUUCCAACUUUAAAGCAUUUGAAAGAGUUGAUUGUUUACACUUUUGAGGCUGCUACGCCAUUAACUACAGAAGCUGUUUGUUUGAUUUUGAAUUCCAGCCCAAACAUAGAAUAUAUGUGCAUAUUAUAUGGUAUAAUCUCUGAUUCUCAGCUAAAGAAAACACUUUUGGAUUAUUGCGAAUUAAAUACUUUAAAAUAUUUGUAUUUAGGUUUUUCAGGUAUAGAUGUAAGCUUCUUACAGGUAAUUCUUAAAUCGUGCACAUCUCUUCAGAAAUUAAAUGUCCGUUUUUGUAAAAAUAUAUAUGAAGAAGAAUUUGAGAUUUUACUCCAAACUGCAUCUACUACCAAAAAUAAACCUCAAAUCAUUUGGUAUGAUUUUGAAAGCUUUAUUGAUGAAUGUGAUAUAUAUUCAACUGAAGAUAAUUUUGGUGAAGACCUUUGAGGUUUAUUUCUGUUAUAUUUUAUAAAUUCAGAGUACAUAUUUUAUUUUCCUUAUAAAAAUAUUUUAUACUUGUAAGUUUUUAAUGUAAUAAUUUUCUUUAUAUAUAUGUAUAUAUAUAUAUUAUUUAAAUUAAAUUGUUAUCUUUUUAUUAUACUUGUUUAUAAAUUAGAAAACCCCUUAUGAUUAAUGCAGAAGAAAUGUGCAAAUGAUUAAAUUAUGUGUAUAGUAAGAGCUAAGUUUUGUAACCAUUAUUGUCAGAAUUAUGUUUUUGAAUUCUUUUAUCUUUUUUAAUUAUUUACUAAAAGCAGGUAUUAAAUAUUUUUUUUUAAAUUUCUAUUUAUUCAUAUCCCAGCAGCCUAUGAAUCAAGAAUGUAAUGAUGAUGUCUAAUAUUUAUUGUGUUGUAUUAGUGUGUAAAGGCAUUGGGCAUUCAGCUUGAAUUGAUGACAUUAUGAAAUAAAUUUAUAGAUUUAUUUCACAUGUCAAUGAUUUCUUAAUGUUAGUGAACAGUGAUUAUAGUUCUUCAUAUCAUGUGAAUCAAGAACAUGUAAAGACAAUAUGUAAUAUUGUAUUUUAAAAUAUUAAUAUGUAAACACAUUGGGCUUUAUGCUUGCAUUGAUGAUGACAUUAAUUUUUGCACAUUGAUGAUAUUAUGAAAUAAAUUUAAUGUCAAUGAAUCGAGAAUAUAUCCAUGUAAAGCCAUUGUGUAAUAUUGUAUUGUAUUUCAUAGUAGCCAUGUAAAAACAGUACCUUGAUUGGAUUGAUGACAUUAUUUCAAUGAAACGAUUCCAGCUGUUCGCAUACCAGUAGCACAUGAAUCAAAGAUGUAUUCUCUGUAAAGAUAUUUGUCUUAAAUGUAUUGUACUGUAAAGUAUUGGGUAUCUUACUUGAAUGGAUGGCAAAGUAAUUUUUGCACUAUGCUAUCUUAGAUUAAAUGGGAAUACCCUAAAAACUGGUGUUUGAGAAGUUUGUAUUCCUCUUUGCUUUUGAUUGGUUUCUCAAGAGGACUUUUCUGUGUGGUGCUUUUUACAUGACUUUGCUGCUUGUAUGUAUAACAAUUGCAACUUUUCAUGUUUGAUAUGAAAGUAUACUGUCAGAUCUAUUUUGACUUACAGUAGACACUACUUAAUGUGAUCAUUUGGACGUUUUUAUCAAAUUGACAAAGUCCCACCCUUUUGUAUACAAAAACAUGGAACAUAUAUCGUUCACUAUGCUGAACAAUUUGAUUAAUAUCAUAAAAAUGUUAUAGAAUAAAUUUUUCAAACUUAACAAAUAAAAGAUAACGUCACCAAAUAAGUUAAAAUGACGGUAUUUAUGUAUUAACAUAACCAUCUUGGCACGAUGGCAAUUUUUUACAGACGAAAUAUUUAACGGAUGCUAGUUGGCAACAUUCAUGACUUUUUUUAAAAAACAUUCCCAAACUAUCGAAAUUUAUUGCAAGUUGGCAAGCAAUAUCAACAUAUCAAAACACAGUUUAAAAUAUCUUUAAUUAUUAAAUAACAAUUAUGAGAUACAUUUAAAAAAAUGAAAUGCUUACAUUUUUCACAAAAUCCUUUUCUAAUUUUUUAGCACUGUUUGUAUUUUAUAGAAUGAUUUGUUUUUCUUAAAAAUCAUCAGAAAAUUGCACCGACUCAUCACUGCACACCAGCUAUUUACAAAAUUCAUCUCAUUAUUGUUACCUUUAGCAAUUUUCUAGCAAAAUACUGUAUUCCUGCAGAUAUUUUAUAUUUAUUUCAUUUUUGACAAAAUCCACAAGCUGUAUUUCAGAACUGAGUUGAAGGCAAAAAAAAUAUGACUAUUUGUCUAUAAAAACUAUUGGAACUUGGAAUACAAUAAAACAAAUGCACAUGAAAAUGACAGUGUUACUUGACUGAAUGAUUGUUAUAAGCAGAGGUACCAGAGUUUGGCACAUUCUGAUAAACUGGUGACUAAGUUCUUUGAGAUAAUACAUAAGUACCAAAAACAUACUGUAAAAAUUGCCAAGAUACAGUUAAAUAUUUCCAAGUUCUAGACAUCUUAGUUUUGAAUUUACCUAACCUUUUAAAAGUAAGCAAGAAAACAACUUUAGUUUGACAAAAAUUUUGACUAACUUUAUCAAUUUUGAGGGGAGUCAGAUUGGGUUCCUCUUCUUCAGUAGAGAAAAAAAAAUAGUGUCAGAAUUCUUUUUUUUUUCUCUGGGGAGGGAAGGUCUUUGAAAACAUCUACAUGAAACUAAGGUUGCAUUUUGCAUUAUUUUAAAUUUUACAUUAUCAAGUUCUCUUCCGAUUAUGACAUUAUGAACAGUUCAUAACCAAAUUUUUGCAUUUUCCUAAUUAAUGCUGUGAAAGUGUGAGUUAUGUGUUUCUAGUUAUAUUAAAUUAUUAUAAUUCCAUUACUAUUUUUUCCCAUCAUUUAAUGUUAUCAAAAGAGCUGUGUACAAACAUGGUCACACUAGGCACUGUCUACCGUAGCAAUAGCUUCAGUAAAAUCAUUAAUCUACACAAAUGCAUUUUGUAUUGGGUUCAGUUUACAAUUACUAUUGAAUGCAGUGUAAUUUAUAGUGCAGUACUUAUCUGUGAGUUGAUGAAUUUUUUAUUGCAAAUGAAUACUUUUUCUGUUAUUUAUUUUUUAAGUUUCCCUGUUGUUUAAUUAAUAUGUAGUUUAGUCAUUGCUUUUGAAAUAUGUGUUUUAAAUAAAGAAUCUGUGUUUUCAUUAUUA